AUGGCAGUACAACUAGUAUACUACGAUUAUGUGAUGGCAAAGCCAACAGAAUUCGACCCACGUAUCUCCAGUAACGGUAUACCUGUUCAAGAGGUCCCUGUUAUUAGGGUAUUUGGAGCAAACCCAGCGGGCCAACAAGUGUGCUUGCAUGUCCAUGGGUAUCUGCCGUACUUCUACCUUCCCGUACCGGAAGACGUAUCACCGACGAAGUUCGCCACGAAGGUACACAGGGUGCUGGAAAAUGUCGCUAGGAAAGUAGUAUCAGAAAGGAGAGGGACGAGGGAAAUGAAGCGAACUUCAACAGCUGUACAACGGAUGUCAACGCGACGACCAAAUGAUACACGACCAGUGAAUACAGAAAACAAAAUACGUGUUAAUAAACAAGUUAACGAUGCAAAAAUACGGUCUGCAGUUGCAUCCGUAAGACCACGAACUGCAGGUUCCAAGCUUAUGAGUCAGAGUACCCAGAGGCUUGCAUUGUUACGCCGAAAAAAGGCAGAAGGUUCAGCAUAUAUACAUCGUGUAGACGUAAUAGACCAGGUUAUAUUCUAUGGAUACCAUACAAAACCACAGAAAUUCGUAAAGGUAUACCACUAUAAUCCCAUGCUCACAAAACACCUGGCAGGAUACGCUUGUACAACCGGUAUCGAUAAACAAAAGCUUCAGCCAUAUGAGGUUCAUAUUAGUUAUCUCAUGCAUUUCAUGUCGGACUAUAGUCUCAAAGGUAUGGACUACAUAUACCUAUCGUCGGCCAUUAAAAUGCGAGGACCGCUACCGCUCCAUCCACAAUGGUCAGUGCAAAACCACCCAUUAUGGCAUCGAGUAGUUGUUGCGGGACGACGCAGUCGUAAUGAUACUUCCGCAAUGGUUGAGAGUCCCAUACUCAGGGAUUCGCCGUCGGUAUUCCUUUCGAGGCAUAAAAGGGUGUCCACCUGUGAACUGGAAAUUGACGCCCACAUAGCAAGUAUACUCAAUAUUUUCGAGUGCAGGGACACGAACUCCAGUGGAAGCCAGGAAUUAUCGCAACGAGACUAUGCAGUUGGAAGGUAUAUGGGACCAAAAGACACAUUUUUACAACAUUGGCACAGCCAGUGUAUCAAUCUGCAAUCAGCAUCGCUAUCACCUUUGGAUAGCGCUGAAGAUACGGUACCGACGUAUGCAUCAAAUGAUACCCUAAGAGAGUUCUAUAAUUACAUGAUGGACCAGGCUCAGGGGUUAACAGGUACAAAAGGUGAGGCCAUCAGGUCCAAUAUCAGUCAGCUACUCUAUCGUUGCGAUGAUUUCCAUCUACAUAACAAAAAUGAAGCGCCCAAGACAACGCAGGUAGAAAGAAUAACAGUCAGUGCUGCCAUGUUCCACUCCAGACAUAACAAUAGGUCUGCACCUACGGAAAGAGGAUAUUACGCAUAUCGCUUUAGAUUGAAACCGCCAAAAUUAAACUGCCCAAAACUCAAAGAUAAACCCAGGGAUCAGGGUGAAGCGAUGACGGUGCAGCAUAAUCAUAAUCCAGUAAGAAGUAAAGUAACUAACGGUCGUACGGGAUUUCACGAUGAGGCCACUCAAUCACAUUCAAAGACUCCGGUGGAAAGCGAAGGACAAGGGAGUUCAUGCCAAAUGGCGGUAAAUAGCAAAACGGCAUUAGACUCAAAUCAAACCCGUUCAACCAAUGAAUAUUUGCAACAUAAAGACCCGCCGAUCGAUAUGGAGCCGGUAUCUAAUAUCGUCAGAGCGCCAAACAACUUCGAAUCUGGUAUUGUUCUAGACGUCAUUACGGACAUCGAACUGAACCGCAUUCAUCCCGACCCGGAAAUCAAUGCCAUAAAUGCAGUUGUAUAUACAUUGAGGGAUCAUCGAUUGGUUAGUCAUUUUGCUAAACUUAAACUGCCGUAUGCCGAUGUUCAGGGUGCUAUCGUCGUUGAUCCUUAUGCUGUGGAAACACAGCCGUUCGAACGAGUGAGAUUCGAUGAGUUUCACAGCAUGGCAUUGGUACAGCGCCGCAACGUGAGAAUGGAAAAUGUGGAACGGAUAGUCUAUUCAGAGAAAUUUGCUGAUAUAUCCUAUGUUGCCUCUGAGAGGCAGCUGAUAGAGGCAAUACGGAAUCUUAUACUAACUUUUGACCCAAACGUCAUAUACGGAUUUGAUAUAGCACGUAAUUCGAUAGGAUACAUCAAUCAACGUGCUGCAACCUUAGGGCUACGGGGAUUCUUGGAACAGGUGUCACGUGUCCCACCCAGGACGGACACCUAUAGGAAUAAUAUGCGAGUGACUGAUGUGUCAACGCUUAUGACUCAUCAAAGGAGUAAGUUGCAGAAGAAUCGAGACAAAGAUAGUGUCCUGCAACUGCCGUUUUGUGCUGGUAGACUUCUAUUUGACCUUGCCGACGUUGCGGUACGUGAACUCAAUCUCUCCAAUCUAUCGUUGGAGAACAUUGUUUUCGAUCAGUUCGGUUAUGUCAUGCCAUCAUAUACAAUGCACACAAUCAACAAAUGGUUAACUACGAAAGUCACUUUGGAACAUGGCAAUCGUAAAGAUGCUAAUGUCACCACUGCGGAUGCUAUGGACGAUGACGCCGUAAAUAAUGGAUUGGAGCCAGACAUCACACAAGUGCACCAAAUCUAUGCAGCUACGGAAGAUACACCAUCGAUGCAAAAUCAGCGACUUAUUACACCUCAUUCAUUCAGGGCACUACGUUACAUGUUGUUACGCAACUAUGCUGUGAUAGCUACAAUGGAUAAAUUGAUGUAUUUCCAGAGGUAUCUGACGUUCUCCAAACUAUACGGUCUCGACCUCAAGAGCGCAAUUGUGCGUGGUAGUCAGUUCCAUGUGGAAAGCGUACUAGUCCGCUUUACCAAGUCGUACGGCUACGUAUUACCUUCACCAACGCAGAGACAGGUCCACCAGCAACGGGCUUCGGUGGCUAUACCAAUUGUGAUGCAACCGAUAAGCGGGUUUCACCUGUCACCGGUGGCUGUUCUUGACUUCCAGUCGCUGUACUCCUGUAUCACCAUCGCGUACAACAUCUGCUAUAGCACGUGCCUCGGUUUGCUAAGGGAACAUAAGACGGGACGUAAAGAUGUAAAAUUGGGUGUAGUCACAUAUCACCCAGAGGACGGUCUAUUCCAGGACAUCCUUUCGACGCAUGCCAACAUUCCUGUGCCAAAUGCAAAUGGUAUCGGACUGCAUAUAAUGCCAAACGGAGUAAUGUUUGUUGACAAAAGCAUUCGAGAGGGUGUGCUGCCGAUGAUGUUGAAGGAGGUGCUCUACAGCCGCCGGAAAAUCAAAGCGGCAAUGUUGAAACCUGGAGUAGAUGAAAGGAAUCUACGCAAGUUGGACCGAGAGCAGCAUGGGCUCAAAAUGCUUUCGAAUCUUUCGGUUGGCUUGACUGCGUCCAGCUACUCGGGACGUAUGCCGUGCUCUGAUCUGGCAGAAUCGGUUGUGACUAUUGCAAGAGCACUUAUUUUAUUCUGCAGGGAAACAGUUCAUGAUAAUUUUGAUGCAGAGGUGAUAUACGGAGAUACCGACAGCAUAUUUAUCAAGUUCCCGGGGAGGUCUGUCGCCGAUGCACAGGCUAUGGCUCAGGAUAUUGUCGCAAAGAUAAAUGCUUCAAUACCACAACCGAUCAAAAUAGUUCUACAAAAAGUAUACUCGCCCUGUCUAUUGGUAUCCAAGAAGCGAUAUCUCGGUCUGGCACACGUAAACGGAAAGGUAGCUUUUGACGACAAGGGAGUUGAAACUAUGAGGUCCAGUGAAUGCGAUGUCACCAGGAGGCUGCUGAAGGAGGCCAUGGAAUCUGUAUUUAGCACUCGCACACUUGAUAAGGCUUAUGAAGGACUUCUCAGUGCAUUCCGUAAUGUCUAUUCGGUAUGCACGCUGAAGGAUUUUAUUGUUUACCGCCAGAUUAGACUAGGUAGAUACAGGGAAGAUCUGACAGGACAAGUAGGCACACUGCCCGCUGCAGCUAUCGUGGCAAAAUAUAAGAUGGGGAAACACUAUGGAACACGUGUUUUAGAAAAUGAAUUCAUACCACACGUGUUUUCGUUGUCACGUGGUGAUGUCUACCGUGGUGUCAAAGGAGGUGCCGUAUUCCCCAAUGAAAUAAGUGGAAUAUUUAAGCCCACAGAGUACGUAAAGGAGAUUGGACAGCGGACAUUACCUCAGAACUCGGUAGCGUCUAUUUUGGACCAGGUACGACGAGCGGGACGGCUUCACCAUUUGGAUGUAGAGUACUACAUCAAGCGGCAAGUAUUGCCGCCGCUUCAACGUAUGCUGCAGAUACUCGAUAUCGACCCGGCAUUUGCUAUCACCGAAAAGAUCCUUCAGAAAUUAGAAGAAACAAAACAGAAACAUGAGAGGGGUAUCCGAGAAAUACAGCAUCGCAUUGCUGCAGCAGGCAGCAUAUGGAAGUACUCCGAUACCGCAGACCGAAGCAUCAAUAUUAGCUCGACAAAAAAGAUGCAGCUAACGGGGAAGAAUCGUGAAGCGACAAACGGUGAAAACAACAAACAAUCUAACGAUCACAACACUUCUGAAGCCCUGCAUCGAAGCAUAUCCCCGGUAAACCACGCUGGGCGUGGCAAACAUAACGCAAGGAUAUAUGAAGAGUUCACACGCAGUCCCAGGCACACGCUCCUCAACACUAUUAACGCAAUGAACGAUCUGGAGGUAAAGCUACAGGCAGUACAUCGCAUAUGUCUGAACUGCACUGGUAGCGCCGUUGCUAGCGCGUCCUGCCAGAAUGCAUGGCACUGUGAGGUAUACUUCCGACGAAUAUCGUACAAUCGUAACUUUGCACGUGCAUUGAAAGAACACCGCACAGUCCUGGAACUAGCGUACACGUAG